AUGGCCACCUCAAAUGGGAAAGGUGAAAAAGUGUCCAAAUUUGAGACUUUAAAACUGUUGGAGAAAUGCAGAAAGGAAAGAGAUGAUGCCAUGCACAGAGAAAGUGUUCUCAGAGAGAAACUCCGACAGUAUGAGUCAAGGAUGCGUUCAACUGAGGCUCUGAAACAGAAACUGAAAACCAUGACCAUGGACAACAAGGAGCUGAGGAAACAGGUGAAGGCUCUUCGUACUGAGAUUGGACUUGAAUGCAGCCCCAAGUUCAAUGGAAAGACCACAAAGGACAUAAUCAAUGACUUGCAUGAGAAGGAGCGUGAGUGCAGUUCCUUGGUGGAGAAGGCUGGGAAACUGAGCCUGACCAUUGAUGAUUUGACAUCAGAGUUGGCAAAUACAGUCACGUCUAAAACUCUUUUAGAGGACCAAGUUCAGUCAUUGCAGCAAAACCUCAAGGACAUGACAAAUAAUCAGCGCCGUUUGCUAAAGCUGUGGGAGGACAAGAAGGCCCAGAGGGAGCAGUUCGCCCUCCCUGCAAUUACGCAGAAACCUGGACAGAAACCAUUUAUUCAUAAAGCAAUUCAAACUGAGAUGUCCAUCAGUUCAUCACAAAAGCUCCCAGUCAAUGCUUUUGAGACCAAGCCAUUCUCUCGGGACAAUGACAAAAAGACUGUUUUGGAUAAACACAGUUUUCCAACUUAUGGAAAUGGCUAUCAUCAUGACAAGAAAGCUUUCAUGCAUGAUGAAACUAAAGGAAUUCAGAACUGA